AUCUUAAGCAAAUAGUCAUCUCAUGCAGCCUUGUUCCCUUUAAUUUUUAUUUCUUCUUUUUCUUUUUUAAUAGAAAACAGCUAUGAGAAACCACACGACAGUGACAGCCUUUAUUCUUCUUGGACUGACUGAUGAUCCACAAUUACAGGUUGUCAUUUUUCUUCUCCUUCUUAUCACCUACAUGUUGAGUGUCACCGGGAACCUAACCAUCAUCACUCUCACCCUCCUGGAUCCACACCUAAAGACGCCCAUGUAUUUCUUCCUCCGAAAUUUCUCAUUUUUAGAAAUCUCCUUCACAACUGUAUGCAUCCCCAAAUUUCUUGUCAGUAUGGCAACAGGUGAUAAGUCCAUUUCUUACAAUAACUGUGCAGCACAGCUGUUUUUUACUAUUCUCUUGGGUGCAUCCGAGUUUUUUCUUCUGGCUGCUAUGUCCUAUGAUCGCUACGUGGCCAUCUGCAAACCCCUGCAUUACACCACCAUCAUGAGUGGCAGAGCCUGCACCUUGUUGGUCUUUGCUUCAUGGUUGGCCGGUUUCAUAAUAAUUUUUCCACCACUCCUUGUAGGUCUCCAGCUAGACUUCUGUGCAGCCAACACUGUAGAUCAUUUCUUCUGUGAUGUUUCUCCGAUAUUGCAGCUCUCUUGCACAAACACGGAUAUAAUAGAAUUAAUGAUGCUUCUCUCAGCCAUUUUAACGCUCGUGGUUACACUAGUGUUAGUGAUUCUCUCCUACACAAACAUCAUCAGGACUAUUCUGAAGAUACCUUCUCCUCAACAGAGGAAGAGAGCCUUUUCUACAUGCUCUUCUCACAUGGUAGUUGUGUCUAUUUCCUAUGGCAGUUGCAUCUUCAUGUAUGUGAAACCCUCGGCAAAGGAGAGAGUGUCUUUAAAUAAAGGGAUAGCUCUGCUCAGCACUUCUGUUGCCCCCAUGUUGAAUCCCUUCAUUUACACACUGAGAAACAAACAAGUGAAAGAUGCUUUUAAGCACAUGAUCAAAAAGAAUUUUUUUCAACGAAGUGAACCACUUUAGUGAUAUAACUGAGGUUAUGAAUAAAAAAAAGGAAGUGUGGGGUGUGUCACAGAUCU